AUGGCUAAAGGCUUUCUUCCAAGAGUCUCUUCAUAUUUUACAAGCACACUAAAAUCCUUUGACAUGUAUCCUCACACAGUUAGUUUCACCUUCAAAGGCCAAGAAGAAUUCAAGACAAUGAUGGGAGGCUUCAUCUCUUUUGUUAUAAAGGUAGUAAUCUUGUACUAUACUUAUGUGAUGGUCAGACUGAUGCUAGAACGCAAAUAAUACCCAGAAGAAUGUGAAUUCAGUGGUGAAAGAUAUUUUGAAUGACCAAACUGCGUUUCACAUGAAUGGAACGGACUUUUCGUUUGGUUUUCAGUUGUUGGUUGGAGACGAGGAGGGACUUGAGCUUGAAGGAAAUGAAUAUUUCGAGGUAGAGAUUAUUAAAAAUAUCAAGUUAGCUAAUGGAGAUUUGCAAGAAGAGGUUGUCCCCUUUGCUAAAUGCGGAGAUACAUUAUUUAAAUACUACAAUCAGACAGAGGUGAAUUUGUUAGGGAUCAAUGAUUUCUAUUGCCCCACUAAAUCUGACUUCGUCAUCCAAGGAAGCGCAAUUUCAAAUGAUUUCUCAAAUUUUGAAUUAAGAGUAAAAUACUGCACUGAUGAAUGGUUGACAGCUUGUCCCCCAGAUUUAAAUGAAAAGAUCAACAAUAUGAUGGUCAGAGUUCCAUUUGUGAAUAAUUAUUUCGACUUUGAUGACUAUAAAAAUCCUGUGAAAACAUAUAUUGAUGAUAGAUUCGAACUGUAUAUGAUUGACACUCUUUAUCAACAACAGAACUCCUUUAUUCAGGUGAAUGAAGCUGAAGUUCAAGAUAGCUACUUUGCAUAUCAGCCAGGAGGUAGUAACAAAGAGUUCUUUGAGAUCGAAAGAGUUGAUACAAAACUUAUUUCAAGCCAGGUUCACCAAGGAGAACUUCUGAAUUUAAAAUUUGUAAAAGAUGCUGCCUCUAAAUCAUACGAAAGAACUGUCUUUAGCUUCAUGGAAGUCACUGGAAACAUAGGAGGCCUAUUCGAAAUCCUUCAGAUAGCUGGAGGCUUCAUUGUCGGAAUAUUUUCAGGCAGACUCUUCACAUUUUCUAUGUUCAGUAGUUUAUAUCACGUCGAUAUGCCUUCAAAUAAUAAAGCAAAGAAAGUUAAUGAAGAAACUAAAGUUAAUUUCUAUAAGAUACAGAAGACUAAUCGCGAAUGCACAGGAAGUUCGAAUAACUUAGAAGAAGUAGCAACAGAAGCCCAUAACAGAAUGAGAAGUAGAGUUAGGUAUGACUGGAAGCUGUCUGACUUUCUUGUCAACCUUUGUAGUUUGUUUUCAUGCUGCUUUUGAAGAUGUAUUAAGAGACGUUAUGAGCUGUUUGAAAAAGGUGAGAAGAAGUUCAUAAAAGAGUUUGAUGCAGUUUAUUAUGCUAGAAACAUGAGGAACCUCAACACCUUGGUCACCUCCAUGAUGGAUGAUAGUGAGAAAGUAAUGAUCACGUACCAAAAGCAAAACGCUAUCCCUGCUGAGAGUGAUGAAACUAGUGAAAAUCAGGAUGAGAAUUUUGAUGAUGUUCCAAAGAUGUUCUCGAAUAAGAUGCUAAAGGAGAAGCAUAUUCAGAAAAUUGAUUUGUUUAUGAGAAAGUAUUCAAAAGAAAAGUGGACUGAAAAAGACUUCAGACUUCUCAACGGGGUGUUUAAUAAACAACAGUUAACAAAUCAGCAGAUACAGAAGAUAGAGAUAGACCAAGAUUCAGGUUGGUAUAAUAUACAACAACCUGAGGAGAGCAAAGAUUAUAGUAAAGUUGGAAAUACAGACACAGAGGAGAAAAAGUUAGCUGAAGGAAAGUGCAAUUCACUCCUCAAACUACCAAUAAGCCCUCAUCCUCCAAUAUCCCUCGGAAACAGUAAAAUCUAAUAGCACCAUAACCCAU